AUGACAGCGGCAAGUCCUCAUCGUACUCUGAUCGUCGACUUUUACAAGCGAGGUUUAAGCACAGGAGACAUUUCUAAACGACUCGGAGUGCACCGAAACACGGUUUUCGCGACCAUCCGUCGUUUCAACCAGCUUGGCCACCUCAAGGACCGUACGGGAAGAGGAAGACCGAGGACUAAAAGAGCUGAAGAUGACCUCUUAUCGAGCACAAAAGCUGCUAUUCUAUCCCAAGCCAAUAAGGAGAAACGGCUCAUCAAAGUGAAGCGCCUUCUCGCUGGCACGCGCAAAAUGGAUCAUCUUAUCACCAUCUUCUCGGACGAGAAACUCUUCAGUGUCGAGGCUGAAUUUAAUAGCCAAAACCACCGAGUGCUGGCCACAAUAUUCAACAAGCAGCUGAGCGUG